CUACUGUCUCGCACCUCCUGCGUCAUACAUACAAACAAUCCGAGUCGCGGAGUGCCCACAAUUCUAUCAAGCGGUGUUCCAGCGGGUGGCAAAAAAGCUGCUCUAGGAUAGCAGAUCGGCAGCCAGCCAGCCCCUCCAAGCAAACCCCAGGCCUGUGAAAGGGCUCAACUUCCCCAGAACUCCUCCAACCCCACACCGACCGUCACGAUGUCUGGCACCGGCAAUGACUUCCAGAACGGGGCGCCGUUCUACCUCGAUGCGACACAGCAGGACCUGCUCUUAGCUGCUCUUGCCUCGAACAACCAGAAUCCCAACGAUCUCUUCUCCGACAUCAAUGGACUAGACGCAAAGCAACCCUUUGGCAACGACCAGUUCCAGUACCCUGUCAACAACCUCGAUCCCACCACUUUCUUCUCGCCGCAACAAAGUACUCCCGCCAAUGCGUUCGGUACUUUGGGUGUGGAUGAGAGCCCGUUCAUCGACUAUCUCGACGGCGACAACACCCUCGACUUCGAUGGUGCUAAUAGCGGAGCUCGCAUGAUCGGCUCUCUUCCUGGUGAUUCACCUGAAGGGGAGCCGAACGACAAGCGGAAGAGCCCGGAUGAGGAUGGUGAAGAAGACGAUGAAGAAGGCGGAGGUAAGCGCCGGGAAGGUGACGACAAGCAGGCUAAGAAGCCUGGUCGCAAACCACUAACCUCAGAGCCUACUACAAAGCGCAAAGCCCAGAACAGGGCCGCUCAGCGAGCCUUCAGAGAGAGAAAAGAGAAACAUUUAAAGGAUCUGGAGACCAAGGUCCUAGAACUAGAAAAGGCAUCAGACGCUGCCAACCAUGAGAACGGCCUUCUUCGUGGUCAAGUUCAGCGAUUGCAGAUGGAGUUGCGCGAGUACCGCAAGCGUCUCUCGCUCAACAGCACCGGCAUCAACCGCACCGCUCCUGCCACAAGCUUCAGCUCCAUGCUCAACAACACCAACAGCAACUUCCAAUUUGAGUUCCCACGAUUUGGUGGCCUUCCUGGCAGCCAGCUUCUCGAGAACGGUCCAUUGUUGAAGCUGAAGUCGACGUCUAUGUCCAUAGCUCGACCGGCCGUUCAGACCUUCAGUCCAUCGAGCACAGCUAAUGAAUCUUUUGUCCAAUCACCUGUCAAUGGUGUCAGUCCUGCGACCAACGGCUCUCGCUCAGGUAGCACCACCAGCGUGCACAACACCAACAAUGCCACACAGAAGCCCCACCGCAGCAGCACAGAUAGCUCGGUCGUGUCACAGUCACGUGUCUUCCAGUUCAACAGCGGCUCGUCGACACAUUCAAACUCUCCUCCCACGUCUUCUACCUCACCAACAAAUCAGGACUCGUCGUGUGGCACAACACCAGAGCCAGGUCAUACCUCGCCGGGCCGGAAGGAUACGAUCGCAGACGGAUAUGUAUGUCAUGGCAACUCGGAAGGUGAGGUCCUCUUCUGCGAAAAGCUCAACAUGGCCUGUGGCAAUCCACGCAACCCCGUCCCUCGUGCCAAGUCAAUGUCCAAGUCUGACGACAAUCCGUCUCCUGCAGUCACACAAGCCAAAUCACCUGGCCCCAAUUUCAACGGUAUCGACUUCUUUGCCAACCAAAACGGCGGCGCAUUCGAGCCGAAUCUCUUCGGGGAGUACCGCGAUACGAACACCGCCAUCUUGGGCACCGACGGCGACUUCAACAGUGGCUUUUUCAACGAUGCCUUCCUUAAUACUGGCUACGGUAGUCCCUUCCACUUCGGUGACACGCCGGCUGUGCAGAAGCCGAAUCCUCUGGAGCAAAUUGAGCGCAUCCAAGAUGGCGAAGAGGAGGUCGUCCCGGGCGAGGAUAUCGGUCAGAUGCUCAACUGCCACAAGAUCUGGGACAAACUUUCAAGUCGCAAUGACUUCAAGGAUGGCACCAUUGAUAUCGAUAACCUGUGCUCCGAGCUCCGCGCUAAAGCUCGCUGUUCUGAAAGCGGUGUCGUUGUCGACCAUAAGGAUGUCGAAGAGGCGCUCAAGCGUCUGCCCAAGGACCAGCAGCAAACUUGGUCGCAAUGA